GCAAAGGCAACAGACAGAAGCUUGAUUUGGUUUUUGGGAAAGAACAGGACAGUGUCAUAAACGUAGCGAUGACAGACACAACUUUAUGUGCUUUAACAGGAGCGAAAUGUGACACACAAGAGUCGGAGCACAGGAAAGUGAGUGAGUCAGAGGAGGAGGAAAAGCACACGACAGGGGAUUCGGAGAGGAUGUGGAAGAUCCCGUCUCUCCAGGAGCUAGAGGAGAUCUUACAUUCAGCUCCACGCUCCUGUCGCCAUGGAGAUGAGGUGUGGCCAAACCUGUAUCUGGGUGACAUGUUUAUGUCUCAUGACAAGUUUGGCCUGUACCAGCUGGGCAUCACUCAUGUGCUGAACGCCUCACACGGUAAACUCUGCUGUAAGGGCAACGAUGAUUUCUACGGAACCACAGUUAAAUAUUACGGAGUCCCCGCCAACGACCUGCCUACAUUUGACCUUUCACCUUUUUUCUCGCCUGCUGCGGAGUUCAUUCACCAGGCUUUGACGUCAGGAGGAAAAGUUUUUGUGCACUGUGCUGUGGGUGUGAGCCGGUCAGCUGCCUUGGUCCUGGCCUAUCUGAUGAUUCAUCAUCGCCUCAGCCUUCUGUCCUCUGUACGCUGUGUGCAACAGAAGCGCUGGAUUUUCCCCAACCGAGGCUUCCUGCGACAGCUUAUAGGACUAGAUCGAAAACUGCUUGAUGAAGCACAAAAUGAGUCAAAAUAACACAAACCAAGGAAAAACUAUGUGUAAUGAAUUCAAAACAUUGUUCUCAUGUAGUUGUCAAAAGUGAACCACCUCCAUUUGUAGCCUUUGUAUGUAUAAACUAAUGUGUCCACCCUG